CCCCCACCGCCGCCGGAGCGUGCUGAGUCACGGCCUCGCGCUGCCGCGGGUGUCGCGGCGGGUCCGGCGGCCGUGGCGGCGCCAGGCUUCCCCAUGGGCACGGACGGCGCCCGCGCCCUGCUGGAGCGGGCGGGCACCCUCACCCUGCAGACCGGCAACCUCCUCAACUGGGGCUGCCUGCGCAAGAAGUGCCCGGCCACCCCCAGCGAGGAGGUGCGGGACUGCAUUCAGAAAACACUGACUGAAUGGAGCUCAAAGAUUGGACAAGAUCUAAAUCAGGAAAUACUGGAGGAUCUGGAAUGUACAGUAGCUCAAGCUAUAGAAAAAAUAAUUCCUGAAGAAAGGGAUGAGUUGAAAGUCUCAGCAAAACUUUUCAUCGUCGGAUCAAACUCUUCAUCAAUCAGAGAUGCAGUUGACAUGGCGUGCUCUGCCCUCGGAGUUGCUCAGUUAGACUCAGUCAUUAUUGCCCCACCUCCUGUUGAAGAUGGAACUAGCCUCUCCUUGGAGUAUUUGCAACCUUAUUGGAAAGAACUUGAAAAUCUAGUUCAAAACAAAAAGAUUGUUGCCAUAGGCACCUCUGACCUAGAUAAAACACUUUUAGAGCAGCUGUAUCUGUGGGCACAGGUGAAACCAAGUAGUAAUCAGGUGAACCUAGCCUCCUGCUGUGUGAUGCCACCUGAUCUCACAGCGUUUGCAAAGCAGUUUGACAUACAGCUGUUAACUCACAACGACCCUAAAGAAUUACUUUGUGAAGCAAGUUUCCAAGAAGUUCUUCAGGAAAGUAUCCAGAGCACAAAAGCACACGAGUGGAUUCCUUUAUGGCUUCUCCGGUAUUCAGUCAUUGUUAAAAGCAGAGGAAUUAUCAAGUCUAAAGGCUAUAUCAUGCAAGCUAAAAGAAAUGCUUCUUGAAACACUUUAUUUUUUUUAAUGGCUUGCUGUUUUAAUUUCUUGGGUAUGGGGGGGAACGUGGCUUUUUUUCAUUAAAAGCACUUUUACAGCAUUUGUAACGAAGACCAAAAGUUGUAACUAUCCUACGUGGUGUCAGCAGGAGUGUCUGCAAUGUUCUGUUUCUUUCUUAACCUAAUGACCAGUUCAUUUAAAAUAUUAAAUAUUUUGAGUUUGUUGUUUUUAAUUGAGAUUAUCUAUAGAGAAACAGUUUAAAAUAUCCUUCCAUGUAUGACCAGUUCACUGUAAAAUUAUCGUUAUGUUUCAGCUGCCAUUAGGUAGUAUAAAGAAAUGUCUAUAUUUUUAUUUUUUAAAAAAUGAAUUUCACAUUCAUAAUUACUUAUCUCAUAGGUACAUAGCUUUCAAGCAUUCAAGGACUAGUUUUUGUAGAAAAUUGUCAUCUUUUAUGAAAAAUUACCCCAAAAAUUUAAACUGGUAUCUCGUUACUUGAUAUGUAUAUAUAGGCAAGUCAGCUGUUUAAUUUGUGUGGAUGGGAAAAUCUGCUUAAUAUAGUGUAAAAGACCUCUAUGAUUUAGAAAAAAAUGCAUCUUCCAAAUUACUUUCUGUUACUUGAAUUCCUUCUGGCUUCUCUGUGCCUCACUAUGCAUUGCUUGAUGUUUGUACAAGUUUGAUGGCAUCUUUACUGUUUGAAAUAGAAAAUGUAUUAUUGUGUGAAUGUUUAAAGUAAGAAAUUGAAAUCAAGUGAUGAAAAAUCUGUUAAGCAAAAAUCAAAUUGUGCCUGUCUUUUCAACUGUGGCUUGUUUUUUUUCAUACUUGUGAACUACACAAUCAGAAUAGCAAAGUCAGAACAGAGAGUAAAUGCUGAAGCUGUUCCCUACAAUAUUGUGUAACAUGGAUUACUUCUCUUGAGGUUGUCUAGAAAACUUUGUUGCUUGAGUGCCAUUCAGAAAUUAUGCAAGCAAGGGUUAGCUUGAAGUUAGGUGUAUUUCUCUGGCAGUAGCUGGGUGCUCUGGCUUUUUUAUCCUGGAGAGAUUAUUGCAGCUAAGGCAAGGCUUCUGGUUUAAUGUAGUCUUUCUACUGAAAGUAUUUUUCAUUUUCUUGGCCUUUAAAUCAGAAUAGCUAGGAAAAGCUCAAUUUGUAGUUCAACAGGAGCUUGAUACUGGGUCUAAAACACUUUUCCUUUUUGAUUUCAGGCAGGAGCAGGACUAAUUAAUUUAGCUGUACAUAUUUUGAGAUUUAAACUGUAAGGGAAUUCAUUUUCACCAACAUCUUCCAAAUUCUGUCAUGUAGGCAGCUAGUGGACUUUGAAUGCUUCUAGAGAGCAUCUAGAGUGAGCUUCCCAUAUUCCAUUCCACUAAGAUAAAACAUGACUAUUUUUUUUAGAUACCUUUUGAGGCCUCAAAUUUGGCAAAUUUUGGGGAAUUCGCCUGGACUUUGUCAGUUCUUUUGAUAAAUGAGAGAGGGGAAACUGGAACUAGUAACACAUGAAUAAAACUUUGGAAUUUUUUCUCCUAAUCAAAAUGUAGUCUUCUUUUUCUUUAUGUUGGGUCAGUUUGUAUUAGUGUUUAAAAUUUUCAUGACUUUCAUUGUAAACUUCCCUACCAGGUUUGAGUUAUGUGCUGCUGAUGAUUAACCACUGUCUGCAAAUUCUGUGUGUGGCUGUUGACACUGUGUUGUUUUAGACUUGCAUGUGUGCUCAGUUUUUUAAAUUGAAGUGCUACACAACAAGAAUUGUACUGAACUAAUGUAUAGGCUGCUCUAAUGGGACAAUUGUUUCUUUUCUGUGAAUUGGUAACUGUUUGCUGUAGAAAAGUUCCCUUUAAAACAUAAUUUUUAAGACAUGAUAAUCUUAUUUUUCUAGAGUAAACCGGUAACAUUUUAUCAAGUUCUCACAUUAAUUUGUUCUGUGUUAUAGUGGGAGAGGUGGGAUUUCCUCCCAUGAGAAACUUGAACGUUUGAAUUAAAAUUUGCAACACUUGUAGGCUUUUAA